AUGUCUUCCUCCAAAACUAUAGAGUUGACUGACUUGGAGAUAUCACAACUUAUCGAUGUGAAAAAACAGCUCGAGGCGGAAUUGGCACAUUUAUCCACAUCAUAUGGGCAACUCAAACAAGCCCAGAAUCGGUUUCAAGACUGCGUCGAGUCUGUUGAAGAGAUUCAAUUGGCAGAUAUAGAAAAAGUCAUUGUUGAUGUCGGGACUGGCUACUACGUCGAGAAGGAUAUUCCCGAUGCAAUAAAAUUUUACGUCGAAAAGGUUGACUAUGUGAAGAAAAAUCUCGAGACUCUGGAUCAAACAAUAACAAUAAAGCAGAACAACUUACAAGCCACAAUUGACGUAAUGCAGAUGAAGAUUUCACUUAUGGCAAAUGCUAAACCGUCCUCUUCGAAAUAA